GCGAGGUUGUUCCAAAGUGAGUGUUGGGGUGUGCAGCAAACAUGGUAUUUACAGGAACACCUGCUCAAAAAUAAAGCAAAACAAAACAAACGUGUGGCAGAAAAGUGAACGAUUCUAGUCGUCCGAUAAUCUGUGGGCAGAAAGCACAAAUUCUCAUUGCGGACUGACGUCUGCUUUGAUUUCAACUUUUUCUCCGUCGGCGGGACAGUGAGCCAAACAGACUUCGCCACACCCCCCCCACCCCCCUCACCACCACACCCCGCGCGAAACUCGCCUCCUCGGUUCGACGAGUUGUACAAAAGGGAAGCGAGACAGACUUAAGAGAGAGAGAGAGUUGGUCAAGUACAGGCGCCGGAACAGCAGGGUCUGAGCCCUAUUCUGCUGUCACCAUGCAAUCGCUGUUCACAGGCAACAAAAGGGAAUGUCCAGAACCCGUCAGAGCAGAAAUUGAAGGUCACAUUCCACAAUGGCUGCAGGGGACACUCAUUCGAAAUGGACCAGGCAUGCACAAAGUUGGUGAAACUGUCUACAAUCAUUGGUUUGACGGGAUGGCCUUGUUGCAUAGUUUCACAUUUCAAAAUGGUGAGGUGUUCUACAGAAGUAAGUAUCUUCGCAGCGAUACUUACAAGUCUAACAUAGAAGCUAACAGGAUUGUGGUGUCAGAAUUCGGCACAAUGGCUUACCCAGAUCCGUGCAAGAAUAUUUUUUCUAAAGCAGUUUCCUAUCUUGCAAAUGUUAUUCCUGAUUUCACUGAUAACUGUUUGAUUAAUAUAAUUAAAUAUGGUGAGGACUUCUUUGCUUCAUCAGAGACCAACUAUAUCAGAAGAAUAGACCCUAGAACACUUGAAACAUUGGAAAAGGUUGACUACACAAAGUAUGCUUCUCUGAACUUGGCGACAUCUCAUCCACAUUAUGAUGAAGAUGGAAACACUUACAAUAUAGGCACCUCCAUCGCUGAGAAAGGCAAAACAAAAUACAUGAUUGUGAAGAUACCAAAUACAAAGCCAGAAACAGAUGAAGAGAAGAAAAAGAAUACAUGCUUUAAAAAUUGUGAAAUAUUAUGUUCCAUUCCUUGUCGCUCACUCCUCAAUCCAAGUUACUACCACAGUUUUGGUAUGACACCAAACUAUGUUAUCUUCAUUGAGCAGCCAUUUAAACUGAACAUUCUUAAAAUGAUGACAGCUUCCUUCAAAGGACUGAACUGGGCCAGCUGUCUGGGAUGGUACCCGGAUGACAAGACUUACAUUCAUAUCAUUGACAGAAGAACAAAGAAACCUUUAACAGGAAAGUUCUACACAGAUGCACUUGUGGUUUACCAUCAUGUCAAUGCUUAUGAGGAGGACAAUCAUGUGGUCAUCGAUAUUAUUGCCUACAAUAACAACAGUUUAUAUGAAAUGUUCUAUUUAGAAAACUUGACUUUGCAAAACAGGGAAUUUGAAAUAAAAUGCAAAACCUUCAGUCUUCCAACUUGCAGAAGAUUUGUAAUUCCUUUGGAUCAUGCCAAGACCACAGAGUUGGGCAGUAAUGUUUGCACUCUUGGGAACACAACAGCAUAUGCACUGAAGGAAAAAGAUGGAUCCGUUUACUGCAAGCCUGAAGUGUUAUUUGAAGGAAUAGAACUACCUCGAAUAAAUUAUGAUUACAACGGCACCAAGUACAGAUAUAUUUACGCGUCCAAGGUUCAGUGGCGACCAAUUCCAACAAAGAUAAUUAAAUGUGAUAUUCAGACCAGAAGCUGCCUUGAGUGGAGAGAAGAUCAUUGCUGGCCAGCAGAACCAGUGUUUGUCAAACUUCCUGAUGGCAAAGAUGAGGAUGAUGGUGUCAUACUUUCUUCCAUCGUUUCUACUGAUGCCAAGAAAUCUUCAUUUUUACUUAUUCUUGAUGCAAAGACUUUCAAAGAACUUGGUCGUGCUUCAGUCAGUGCUGAUUUGCAUCUUGAUCUGCAUGGUAUAUUCAUUCCUGAAGAGGAGUUACAAGCAAAAAAACAAUGUGCGGACUUUGGAGGAGCUGAUUACAACUGAUUUUUUUUCACGGAAAAUAAAACUCCCUGGGGACAGAUUGUAAAAGCAAGAAACCUCUGGCCCUCACAAGUUGCUCGGACUAUGUUUUCUGUGGGUUUCUAGAAUUAAAUCCCAGUGGAAAUUGGAACCUGCAGAGUGCAACAGUCAAGAGAAUUAUCUGAUAGAAUUUCUUAAUCAAGGAUGGGUUCACUGAUCAAAGUACAACCCGUUGAGUUAGAUUAAAGAUCAAAAAUGGUCUUGCAUCAUCAUGGAGUUGUGGAAUAGAUUUGAGGUCAAUUGCUACAUUAAAAAUGAGACUAAAUUGAUAUUUGCAAAGGACAAAGAUUAGAGUUAUUUGUGAAAUUAAAGCACUAAAUUGUGAAAUAAAGAACAAUUGUUGAUAAGGGCUUUAGUAGGGAAUCAACUGCUCUUAUAGAAUCUUAGAAUUUUAUGGUACAAAAGAAGGCCAUUCAACCCAAUGCCUCUGUACUGGCUCCCAAAAGUGCUACCCAGCUAGUCCCAUUCUCUAGUACUCUGUCCUUUUAAAUUCUUCACUUUCAACUAUAUAUCCAGCUCUCUUUUGAAACCUCCUGCGGAAUCUGCCUCCACCACUUCCACAAGGCAGUGUACUCCACAUCUGAAAAACUAUCUGCGUAGAGAAGUUUUUCCUGUUCUCACUCCUAGUUUUCUUGUUGUCCGUCUUGAAAUUGUGACCCCCAAUUACUGACAUGCUAACUAAUGGAAACAGAAUGUCUUUCUUUACCCUGUCAAAAUUGUUCAUAAUUUGAUCUCUUCAGUAAUGUCACCUCUUAAUCUUCUCUGCUCCCAGGAGAAUAAGACCAUUUUCUUUCAUGUCUCCUUAUAUCAAAAAUCCCUCAUCCCUGUUAGCGUAAUAGUAAAUCUCCUUUGAACUGUCUCCAGGGCUAUAACAUUCUUCCUUAAAUACGAGCCCACAGCUAACACAACACUCAAAAUAUGGUCUGACCAAUAAUUUGAAGAGGUGUAUCAUCACUUCCUUGCUUUUAUACUCUGUGUCUCUAUUUAUAAACCCAGGGAUCCUAUAAACCUCCUUCACAACUGUUUCAACCUGCCUGACCACAUUCAGAGAUGCAUGCACAUGAACCCUGAAGUUCCUCUGCUUCUGUCCUCCUCUCCAAAUUGCACCAGUGUGCCUGUAUUAUCUCCCCAUGUUUCUUCAACCAAAAUGCAUUACCUCACAAUUAUCCGCACUGAAAUUCAUCUGCUAGGUGUCUGCCCAUUCAGCCUCCUUGUCAAUGUCUUACUGAAGUCACUCAGCAUCAUCCUCACAAUUCACUAUUCUUCCUAGCCCAGUAUCAUCUGCAAAUUUAGAGAUUUUGCCUUCAACACCUAUCUCCAAAUCAUUAUAUAUAAAUCAGCAAAAAGAAGAGUCCCAAAACCAACCCCUGGGCAACACCACUUUCAACAUGUCUCGAGUCUGAGAAAUUCCCAUCUAUAACUAUCUGCUGUUUCCUAUUUUUUUUGUCUCUUUUUAGUUUUUUCUUGGCCAUCAUAGUCCAUGCAGCCAAGGACCUAUCAAUCCCAAACAUUUAUAAAUUUGUAACCAAUCGAUCAUGUGGCACUGUAUCAAAUCCUUUCUGAAAGUCCAAAUAUACAACAUCUACAGCACUACCCUAAUCACUGUCUCUGCCACCUUGUCAACAAAUCCAAAUAGAAAAGAUGUUUAUAGAACAAUUAUAUCUGAAUUCACCUUUGAGAAGCAGUCAGGUGAGGUGGAGUUUGAACGGUGAGGCUGCAACAAUAUGAAAAGUUUAAAGAAAGCUGCAAAGUGGAGAGUACAACAAGAGAAGUUAGCAUUUACAGGAAACAAUACAGUAAAGUUUUGAUGAAAGCAAGAAAUAAACUGGAAAAGGUGAUGGAAAAUGGAUCAUAAAACAAUGGGCGAGAGAAAGUAGAUUUGUUAAAUUAUAAACUUAGUGCCAUUUUUCUAUACUACGUGAAUGUAAUUUGAUCUCUAGAUGCAAUUGACUAAGCUGUUACCAGUAAUUACGCUGGAUCUGCUCCGUCAGUGUCCAAAUUAAGACAAAAGGUGCUGAAAGCAUCUGUGAUGAUGGCAUUUCUGUGAAAAUGAAGCGAUUCAAAGUCAUGCCUCAUAGCAGGUGCUCAACUCACCAAAUGAAGUGGAAUGUAAUAAUAUAACCAGGAACGUAAAUGUAUUGAAAUUAUAUUUGGAAUACUGAACCAUAAGUGGGACUCUCUGGGUUAAUUGAGAGCUGCAUUUACACAAUGACAUUGAUCACAGUUUGCUAUGUAUAGUGUUUUAUUAUACUGCAGGUACUGUAGAGGGAUCUGCAACUUCAAUCUGAUAGGGCAUGUGCAUAUGUCAUGCUAACUGGGGAAUACGUAAAACAUAUCUGAUCUUCUCCUGGUGAUGUCGUGAUAGUGCCUCAGCCAAAUGAUUUGAGCUGAUUUUGUUUAUAUUUUAUGACUUUGUUCAGAUAGUGUGAAUUCUAUGGAUUAACAUUUAAUCUGUUGUAUAAAAAUCAUAUAAAAUAUAUAAAUCAUGCAAGUAGCCUAAAUAGAAAAUAACUCACUGGAUACAUUUACUGUACAGAAUACAUUGAGGUUUUACAAAUGUCUGAAACAAAUGAGAAAUAAAGCACUGAAUCAUUAA